ACUGCUCUUCUGCAGAUCAUCUGAUACUUCCUUCUUCAUGCCAGCUCUGCAGAAACAUUGCCUUUGUGGCCUGCAGCUACAUGGAAUGAUUGUGACAUCGGGGGACCUCUCCACUUCUUGAUGGGCCAAGCAGGAGCCGGGCCCUGAUCUGCUCAGACAAGUCCUAGCAAAGUCCCAGCGUCCCUUUCCAUACUGGAAAAGCAGCCUUUGUUUUAACCUGUGCCAUCAAGCCCCGGAGCCUCAGAAGAGCUUUCCUCAUCUGCUGCAGCAGGGAAGAGCCUGCUGCAUCGCCCUGCUGGCGGCAAGAGUCUCUUCUGUUUCUGAAGACCACGAGCUCUGUGUUUGUUUAUUCGCACGCAGUAUUUCAAACCAACUCAAACCUUGUUUGUUGUUCUUCUCAGCAGUCCCCACAGGACGACCGCAGCAUGGCUGGUCCUCCAUUCGGGAUGCUCCGUCUGCUGAGCAGAGGCACCGAUCCCCGCUGCAUGCACAGGCGGUGCAGGCAGAACCUGGCACUGCAGCACCUUGCAGGGACCGGGGCCGAGGAAAACAAACCUGUGGGGGCAGCGGAUAGUACCAAGAAUAGCCACGGAGCCUGAAUGUGAAACAGCCCGAAGGAGAAGGACCGCGUUCUCCAAUCAUUUCCUGUUUGCUUUGGACACAGCUCAGCUCUUGUUCUCUCUGCAUGUUGUUUUGUACAUCGCUUUUGUUGGGUUGCAGUGCUUUGUGUGCUCGUGGUAAAUUCCCCCUGCAUUACUCAUGCCUUCCAUUGGCUGGUGAGAGCCUUGGGCCUACACUUGUGAACAGCUCAGGCAAAGCUGCAGUGGUUGGUGAGUGCUGGGGCACGGUGCACGAUCCCUCAGUCUGCUCUCAGCAGCAGAUGCACGGACGUUGUUUGCUGGUUUGUGGUUUUUCCUUGGCCGUGUUCCUGAUCAGAUUAAGGACCUUCCUCCUUUUUACUCCAAGAGGCAUGGCUCUGGCAGCGACCCAGGCUGACAACACCUUUGGGUGCUCCAGCUUGCUGGUUCGUAGCCUUGUGCAGCACGAACCUGCAGUGCCAGCCCCAGCUUGCGCCUUAGGGUGAGGGCAGAUGCUGUUUGCAGCAGGCUGUUAUCAGCUGUGCUGCGGGCAAUCACGUCAGUCUGGAUAGCCUGUGUCCCAGGGUUUGGAUCCGGUUCUCCUUUUUUUCGUCUGCCUUCAUAGUCAUAAAGAACAAAGAACAAAAGAACAAGGAUCGCCUCCCUCUCUUCUUCAUGCACCCCAGGAUGCCAUUGGCUUUCUUGGCCACAGAGGCACAGUGCUGGUUCAUGGUCACCAGGACACCCAGGUCCUUCUCUGCAGAGCUCCUUUCGAGCAGGUCACCCCCUCACCUGUACAAUACAUGUGGUUAUUCCUCUGUUUCAGGCUGGAUAGCAGGAAAAACUUUUCAGAAGAGCAGUGAGGCGCUGGCAUGGCUGCCCAGGGAGGUGGGGGAGUCACCGUGCCUGGGGGUGGUCAAGAGCCAUGAGGAUGUGGCACUGAGGGACGUGGUUUAGUGGCAGUGCUGGUGGCAGCUGGAUGGUUGGACUGGAUGAUCUCAGAGGUCUCUUCCAACCUUGAUGACUCUAUGACUCCCCCCAGGUGCAGGCCCCUCCACUUGCUCGCACUGAACCCCACCAGGUUCCUCUCUGCCCACUUCACCGGUCCGUCCUGCUCUUGUUGAAUGGCUGCACAGCCCCCUGGUGUGUCAACCACUGCAGAUCAUCAGCAAAGUGCUGAGCGUGUUCUGCAACCCUUCCCGGGUGCCUCUCCAUGCUUGGGGUGACCUGAGGGGGUCUCCUCCAAUCACCCUAAGGAAGCAAUGGCCGCAAUGAGCUGCAGCUGGCCCUGGAAAGACAUGACAUUCCCAGUGGGCUUUCUUUCUCCUCAGUCCUGGGCUGCUUGGUUCCAUUUACAUUUUCAUAGUGCAGCUGCUCAAGAUCUUCUGCCCUUGGUUUUCCUGGAAGCUGCCUGUUUUCUGGAAGCUGCCCAUGCGUGGCUCACAGGAUCAUGCUCUAUUGCUCGAGCCCUGCAGUCCGUGCUCACAGCCAGGCACUGCCCACACUGGACAUCCACUUGCUGUUGCCAUAAACUAAAGCAAAACUAAAACAAAAGCAAUCAAAGUUGGGCAGGCAGUGUCUAUCGUUAACUAAAAUCAUCCGAAGCCCAGACUACUCCUGACACCCUUAACCAUCAAAUCAGGACAAAGCCUGCUGUUUGUCACUGGUUCUCACAGGAAUACCUACUGGGCUCCUGGAGCCUCUCCUGGCUUAUACCCACUGCUGAGGGUAAUACUCGUGCAGCAGAAGCAGCCUCAGGCAAUGCCAUUUCCUGGAAUAAAAGUUUCCUGUAAGGCUAAGAAAACACAGCUAGGGGCAGGAACCUGGCAAACAGGGCAUGCUCUGCUGCGCCUGCAUCAAACAGAUUCAAUUAAGGUUUAAUUGAAUGCACACAAUGCUUACAAUACUCUUGUCUGUUGCAAUAUAAACAAGGCUAAUUUUGGAGGCUGGAAUUUCUCACCAAAAGUCUUAACAGUUAUUUGUAUGGAAACUUUGGGGGGUUUUACUCUGUUCUAGAAUAAAAUCCUUAACUAAAACGAUUGGAAUUUCCCACAGCAGGAGAGCCAGGCCUCCACCAGCCCUGGGAAAUGUCUGGGAAGGAAUCUUGAAGAAGUGUGGCCGCACCAUCUCAAUCCUAAUCUUAUCUUCACUUUUCAGCUGUGAUCGUUGGCAGGGAAAAAAUCAUUUCAUAUUCAUCUGGGAUCAGACACGAAAGAGAAAGCAAAGGUGCAGGAUGUGAGCACAUUGCUGGCAUGUCCACACCGGACCUGGUGCUGGGAAGCCCCCAGCCACUCUUGCUGCACAUGGUGGGCAGCAAAUGGUCCCUGGGGAGGGCACUGCCUCUCUGUUACAGCUUUGGCUGUGGCCGUGCUCCCAUCUCCCAGGAGGCAAUCUGGCUCAUCAGAUUAACUGAUGAAUUGUGAAAGCAGUUAGCAAACCCUGCACUUUUUGGCCCAACAACUGAUGCUGCUGCUCUAAAGCGGCUGCCAAAAAGGAAAAGGACCGCCACUUUUGCCUUCAGAGUGAGAAACGUGAACUUUACUUGUACUGGGAGCUGCAGGCUGGACUUGGAGAGAGCUCUGCAAGCCUGUGGGCAGUGGGCGAGAGACACGUGGAGCAGCCAGCUCCGCUCCUUGCGCCCUUACCGAGGAGCUGGCAAAGCUGUGCAAAGUCACCCUCACCUUAGCGGGGAAUUCCAGCAGCUGUCCCGCUCCACAGCACAGGCAGUUUUCCUUCCCCGCCUCCUGCCUGUCGUCACACGUGUGUGGAGGAGUUUAAUAGCAGCCGGAAUCCCGUCAGGGCUUCACACUCCUGGAACCAGCUGCCGCAGCUGCGUUGCUCCGGAGGAUGCUGUAGGCAGCCAGGAGAGAAAACUACUGCCUGUCGUCCUUCUCUGAGUACCCCUCCUGCUGCCGACCGCGGGAACAUGAGGCUUCCUUCUCUCCUGAUCCUGUUUGUGCUGAGGAUUUUGUGGCUGGCAGCCAUGGCUGGAGGGCAACCCAAAGCACGUCUCAAGUGCUCAAAAUGGUGUGGCUCUUUCCACAGUGCCAUAGAUGAGACGCGGAUAAAGAGCUACCGCUGGACCGAGCCCCAGUGCACCCCGCAAGCCAUCAUAUUUACUACUAAGAAAUCCAAAGAAAUUUGUGCAAAUCCAAAAGAAGAGUGGGUGAAGAAGAUCACGCAGAAACUGGACCGGGAAAAGGCCUUGGCAGCAUCCCCACUUCCACGGGCCGCCACUUCCCCUGCAGCAGCGGUGCCAGAAGAGCCUGGCAUUUUCCACAAACACGUUGGUCUUCAAGAACCAGCUCCACCUCAAACCACUGCUGCCACUUUGGAGAGAGCACCUGUUCCUGCUGCCAGCACAGAGGCGGCCAGCGAACCCACCAUGCACAACGGCACGCACUUCUCUGCAGGGCCAUCCCCUGUGACGUCGGGAGUUGUUACGCAGUCUGGAGUCAUUUCAGAAGCAAACAGAGAACCCUUAACACCUACCGUGCAUUCAACAGCAGCAGGCGUGGCCCCCAGCCAGCCCAGCCCAAACCCCACAGCUCCUGCGCGUGGCUCUGACAGCACAGAGGAACCUGUAGGAGAUGCUACACAUGCUGCGGGUGAUGUCCACCACACAGCUACUACCUCAAAUUUGGACCCUGCAUCCAUUUCCAAAGGACUGGGCCGUCCUGGUCUUUCUACAAACAACCCCCUGGACCCAGUAAGUGCAAGAGGCAGCACGUCAGACACUGCUUUGAGUUCAGCUCUCCCCUCCAUCCUAAACAGCACCGGGGUCAGCACGUUCCCAUCCACACCAGAGGCUGCUCCCGUUCCCACUCAAAACCCCACGACUGCCAUAGAUGAAGGUCGUUCUGUCCAUGCCAACAAAAAUUUCUGUUCCUCUGCAUUUGAUGCGGGGACAUUCGAUCAUUCAAUGCCCUCUGGAAAGGAAGGUCCUCCAGAUACGUUAGCUUUCACCAGUCAGAUGUUCCCAGGCCAAGCCAGAGCGCAGGCUACGAGAAGCCCCAGUGAGCCGCCUGCACCCAGCCUCUUGUCAGGAUCUCAGAUGCCCUUGAUCAUCCCUGUCAUCGUAGCAGGUGGCCUGAUUGCUUGCAGUGUUGCUGCUGUUUGGCUAUACAUAAAAUUCAGAAUCAGACCAGAAACAAUGUCAAGAGAAAUGGUACAAGGCUUGCUGUACCAGAAGGAGGGAUACCAAAACAAUGUCUACCCAAUGGAAGUAAUCUGAAUGCUGUAUGGCAUGGACGUUUUUGGCCCAGAACAUGUGUGUGCUGCUGCAGGAAAGCUAAGCUUAUGCUGGUCUGGUGACCAGUACAAAGCAGUUCCUAAGAAAGCUGAUUAUAUUUUUCAGAGCAGAAUGUAAAUAUAUAUAUAUAUAUAUAUAUAUAUACCUAAAGUUCUCACUGGCAACAUCUUAGGAAUAUAUGGGACAUUCCUUUCUCUGGCACUGUUCUGUAGAAAGGAUAUUGCUGCACUGGGGGCUGCUUGCCAAGUGGUGGGCAGAAGCAAGUGUUGGGGAUUUUCCCACAUUUCAUCAUCACCCAGCUGAGAAGAUACACACCCACCCACUCACCCCCUCUGCUGGGACUUGGGCUCUGCCACCGGGAGCAAUCCUAACACCAAACCACCAAGUCUGCACUUACAAACUUUCAGUUGCUUCCGUCUUUGCACUCCAGCUCGCUGCCCUGUCAGACCUGAACCGACGCUGGCAGUAAGCUGGGUGCUGGCUCUCCUUGGGCUGAUUAAACACUCCAUUUAAUUGGGUAUUUAACGGCUAGAGCCAGCAGAGGUCGCCCAGCUUUCAGAGAGAUUAUAUUGAGAUACCUGUAUAUUUCACCAGGCUAUGCAAGCACUGUUACAGUUCCAAAGGAGGGUUUUUUUUAAACCUAAAUAGUUUCUGAUUUUCACUCAUCUAGACAUUGCUGUAUGGAAGCUUUAUCUUUUAUCCAUGGUCAGCUCCUGAAAGCCCUCGUAUAACUUCUACUCCAGUAAGACUUUCUCCCGAGCAUGUAAAGGUCUUCACGACAGCGUGCUCUGUAGGUAGAGCCACGUAUCCAAGGUUCGUAGUGAGGUUACACAUCAAGGAUCCUCCUCCAACCACUCUCAGUGGAUCAGACUCCAAACUAGAAAUAGAAAAAGAAAGCAAAAACGUAGGAAGCAAGAUGACCAAAGCCAAAUCGAUGAGCCAGGCGUAAAGGCCAGCUAGAGGAAGGCUGGUCUGUCAGAUGCUAUCACUGGAGCAUCCCCCCAGCCCCGGAGGUGGGAGGAUGACUGCAGUGCUGUUUUCUGCUAUCACUCAGCCUCUUAUUUCUUGGCUGGAGACAGAUCCAUCCAGGGCUUUGCAGCUGUGGGAGGGAGAGAGGAUUAAUUGCAACCGGGAAUCUGAGGUGAAACCCACCCGUGUUUUGCAGCUGUGCAGCUCCAGCCCCGUUAACAGCGCCUGGGGCUGAUCCACCUGCAGAACUGCAGGAGCUGCCAGCAGCACCUCCCACCUGGCCUUGCAGUUUGUGGAGUGGCGUACUCUAGCUCUGUUAUAUGAAAUAUUACAAAUAACUAUUUUUGUAGUAAAGUUUUGCAGCAAUGUGAAUGCGCGUCACCUGCUGUCCUCGCUAGUGGAGCAUCACAGAGUGUGUGCGAUGCUGGCAACACUGGAAAACACUGCACCGUGUCUGUUGUCUUGCUGGGCUUGGCUGGCUUGCUCAUGUCCGUGGGAGCAGGGCCCCAUGCAGGUCCAGGCACUACAGCAAAUGGAGUCAGCACGUGCUUUACCAUCAUGCCUUCCUCUUUCCAGACCAGCUGUGCUCAUCUCAACCCUGCUCCUUGCCCAGGGCGCAGUGCUGGCACGCUGUUCUUGGGCAGGAUUUCACCCGUGGGCUGAGGCUGUGACAGGGGCAGCUCCCAGGUGGCAGGCAGGGGACCUGCUUGUGGGGGACAGGCUCCAAGAGGGGCCCUUCUGUUCUAGAGUGCAGCGACUACUGUCAGCUCUGAUUCGUUUGUAUAUUGAGUCUAUAUGAAUGUGUGUGAAUGGGAUUUAUACUGCAUUUUUGUAGUAGUAACGAUAAUAAAGUUCUUUUGUUAAAAA